GUGAUUCUGCGAGCUUGUCGCGGGUGCAGAGAGUGUUAGUGGAGGCUGUAGCGACCAUUCUGUCUGGUUUGCAGUAAAUAAACGUAUUAAAUAAACGUAUUAAAGUGUAUGUCGGGUAGAUUUAAACUCUUUAUCAGACCCUCUGACAGCUCAGCCGGUUAAACCUGUUAGCUAGCCGUGUUAGCACAUUGCACUGCUAACAUUAUUACCGCCAGCUAACGGCAGUUAGCUCGGAAGCUAACCAUUGAUGCAGCAGGAUGGAUCUGUUCGCCGACCUGCCGGAGCCCUCGCAGCCCUGCGGUGCGGCCUCAGCAGCUGAGCCCCAGGCGAGUAGAGAGGAAGAGGAGGAGGAGGAGGAGGAGGAGGAAGGCAGGUUGAAAAGAAAGCGGGCAGACUCGACAGAUGGCCACAGUGCUGCCAAGGACAAGGAGGAGGAGGAGGAGCGGGGGGAGAUGAAGAAAGUUUGUAAAGAAGGUCUUCCUGUGCUGAGAGGCUACGUGGCGGCGCGGCGAGGGGAGCGAGAGGAGAUGCAGGACGCUCACGUCCUCCUGCCCGACAUGAGCAGCUGCCUGCCAGUGCUGCCAAAGCUAGUGUCUCGUGUUUCCUACUUCGCCGUGUUCGACGGUCACGGCGGCGCUCGGGCCUCUCGCUUCGCCGCCGAGCAUCUCCACCACACGCUCGCUGCCAAGUUCCCCAGCGGAGAACCAGACAAUCUGGACAAACUGCUCAAGAAAUGCCUGCUGGACACUUUCCGCCAGACGGACGAUGACUUCCUCAAGAAAGCCUCCAGCCAGAAGCCGGCGUGGAAGGACGGCUCUACGGCGACCUGCGUGCUGGUGGUGGACGACGUGGUGUACGUGGCCAACCUGGGAGACAGCAGGGCGGUGCUGUGUAGGAUGGAGGGGGGCGGGGCUGAGAGGCGGGCGGUGACUCUGGCUCUCAGUAAGGAGCACAACCCGACCAUCUACGAGGAGCGCAUGAGGAUCCAGAGAGCAGGAGGCACGGUCAGGGACGGCAGGGUGCUGGGUGUGCUCGAGGUGUCUCGCUCCAUUGGAGACGGUCAGUACAAACGCUGUGGAGUGAUUUCUACUCCUGACCUGAGGAGAUGCCAGCUGACCGCCAACGACAGGUUCAUCAUCCUGGCCUGUGAUGGUUUGUUCAAAGUGUUUUCUGCUGAUGAAGCUGUUAGAUUUGUCCUCAACAUCCUGCAGGAGGGUGCUGUUGAGAAGAAGGCGGGGCUAACAGAGGAGGAAGCGCGAUUCGAAGCCGCCUGCCAGCGAUUGGCCAAUGAAGCGGUGAGGCGGGGCUGUGCAGACAAUGUCACUGUGAUCCUGGUUUCUAUUGGCUACUAGACACACACACACACACACACACACACACACACACACACACACACAGCUACAGAUGAAUUCCCAAACCCUCCGCUCUGCUCGUCUGACUGUUUCUGUGUCAUGAUUUACAAAUAAAUGAUGUUUUCUUGAA